CGUUUUUGCACUUUUACAGGUAACCAGAGCCUGCUAACUACUACCAUGCCUGCUUUUCUCAGAUACAUAUGGAUGUACCGUAGGCUUUGCUUGAUUGUACUUACACCAUUACUAUUGCUGCCUGUGCCACUUAUCCUCAAAACAAAAGAAGUAGAAUGUGCUUAUGUACUCUUUGUAGUUGCCAUUUUCUGGCUCUCAGAAGCUUUGCCCCUUUCUGUGACUGCUUUCCUGCCAGCUUUGAUGUUUCCAUUAUUUGGAAUUCUACCAUCCAAAGCAGUUGCAGCUACCUAUUUCAAAGAUUUUCAUCUCUUGUUGACUGGGGUCAUUUGUUUGGCAACCUCAAUAGAAAAAUGGAAUUUGCACAAAAGAAUUGCUUUAAGAAUGGUCAUGUUAGUUGGUGUGAAUCCUGGAUGGCUUAUGCUGGGAUUUAUGUUUAGUGCUGGAUUUCUGUCCAUGUGGCUUAGCAACACCUCAACGGCUGCCAUGGUGAUGCCAAUAGUAGAAGCUGUCGCACAGCAAAUCAUAAAUGCAGAAGCAGAAGUAGAUGCAAUGCAAACAAAUUCAUCAGGUGGCAUUAACAAUGAGGCAUUAGAACUUGAUGAGAAAAUAUGUGACGGUCAGUCAAAGAGUUCUGAAUUGAAACCUGUUAAUGGAUACAGUAAUGGUUGUGUUACAACUUAUAACAUUGAAACAGAGGCGGCAAUAGAAGAAUACCAAGAUAAAGCAUGCAGUGAACAUACAAUUGAAGUAGAAGAGGAACAACCAGUUUCAUCAGACAAAAAAAGAUACAGAUGUAAAAAAGACCAUAUGAUGUGCAAGGCAAUGGGUCUUUGUAUAGCUUAUUCAUCAACAAUUGGAGGACUCACCACAAUUACAGGAACAUCAACAAACUUAAUCUUUGCUGAGCAAUUCCACACGCGCUACCCAGGUAGCACAGACAUAAAUUUUGGAACAUGGUUUAUUCACUGCAUUCCAAUCACUGUUAUUCUAAUGAUUCUUUCAUGGAUCUGGUUACAAUGGCUCUUCUUUGGAUUUGACUUUAAGGAGAUGUUCAAAUGUGGCAAGGAAAAGACAGACAGAGAAAAAGCUUCUGCAAAAGUGAUUAAGGAUGAAUAUGAAAAGCUUGGACCAAUAAGCUAUCAAGAAAUUAUUACUCUCAUAUUGUUCAUAUUAAUGGCUCUGCUAUGGUUCACCAGAGAUCCUGGUUUUAUUCCUGGAUGGUCUACUCUGUUUCCAAAGUAUAUUGGAUAUGCUACAGAUUCUACAGCUGCCUUGCUUUUGGGCCUUCUGUUCUUUAUCAUACCAGCAUAUCCCUGGAUUCGGGGAACCAAUAACGAAAGCAAUUCUUUUAGCUAUGUUCCACUCAUCACUUGGAAGGAAUUUCAGGCCUGUAUGCCAUGGGAUAUUUGUAUACUUGUUGGAGGUGGCUUUGCCCUGGCGGAAGGUUGUGAGGUAUCAGGUCUGUCUCUAUGGAUUGCCAACAAGAUGACUCCACUUGGGUCAUUGCCAAUAUGGAGUGUGGUUCUUAUAUCAUGUAUUAUAGUUACAACAGUAACUGAAGUGGCAAGCAAUCCAGCUACAAUAACAAUAUUCUUGCCUAUUUUAGCACCUUUGGCUGAAGCAAUAAACGUAAACCCCCUAUAUAUCCUCAUUCCCACAACUCUCUGCACCUCUUUUGCCUUCCUACUUCCUGUAGCCAACCCGCCAAAUGCUAUUGUGUUUUCCUAUGGUCACCUGCAAGUUAUGGACAUGGUGAAAGCUGGCCUUGGAAUUAAUAUCAUGGGUGUCCUUGUGGUAAUGCUGGCCAUAUCAACAUGGGCAGUUCCAAUGUUCAAUCUAAAUACGUAUCCUUCCUGGGCACCUAUCAUCACCUCUCCAACAAACAGUACAAUACCAUAGAAGAAAUGUAAUUUCUGUGGAACAUCUUUUUACCAGUGCUCAUAUACUUCUCAUUAUUCUGUAUGAUCCAUGUCAGUUUGAAUUAGUAUAAGGCUUAAAAGUAGUUUAUUCAACUUCUUUCGAGGUAACUUCCCCACUUUCUUUUGCCAUGUUCUCAUACAACAUAUUCGUUUUUUUACUAAUUUCAGGUGAGUUCCAAAGCUUUAUUUACCCUUUUACGGCCCUUCCUAUUGAGAUAUAUGACAAAUAUAAGGCUUUGUAAUGGAGCAUUAUUUUCAACCAUCAUUUGUUUAGAACAGACUUCAGUUUACAGGACAAAAUGGAGACUGGAGACAUGUCCCUGGGGUGAUUAAUAGCUCCACAGACUGGCAACAAAAUGCUCAGAAUUGCUACUUAUGACACGUUGACACCUAUAUCCAUGAACAGCAACAACGAUUCAAGCCUGCAUGUUUUAAGUUGUGGGAAACCUAAUAAAAUGUCAGUUUAUCUAGGGAAUACAUUUUUUAAAAAAAACAUAAAAGUCACACAUGAUAUGCAUAAUUUAAUUUAAUUAAAGUUCUGUUUUGAAUAAAUGAGACAAUUGACUUGUCAUGAAUAACUAUCCAAGCAAUUUUAUAUACUGUAU